AUGCUCCCUCAAUUAUCCCUUCUCGUAGCCGCGUUCCCGCUCUUGGCGAUUGCCGUGCCUUCGCCGUCGCCCUUCGAGCACAGCAAAAGGGCUAUCACAUGCCUCAAAGUUGGUGCUACCGCAACCGCAAGAUGGACAAACAGUGCCGGCAAAUCGUGCACCUUUACCGGCGUCGUCGGAAGCAACUACGGCGCUAACAGCGCUGGGUCUGGAGAUUACUCUUGCAACGGCCGCUGUGGUGCGGGUUGCACUGGUGCUUCUUUGGGCAAUGCCUAUACUCAGGAUUGCUUCUCCCAUGACAUCUGCUCUUACUUCAACAAUGCCAGUGGAGGCGCGAGCGACCCUAACUGCGGUGCUGCGUACAACUCAGCUGUCGAUGACACCGCCCUGGGCGUUGCCAACGGCUGCGGGCAGACCAAUCCGUCGAACUCGGUGUCAAAACCUUCCUCACAACCCGUCUGUACUUAG